ACUUAUUUACUUGCAAGUACCGUUUAUGUUUUAUCUAUUAAGCUUUUGUAGCAUAAAAUAUUAAAUAAAUCAAUUUUGGAACUUUACCUAUACCGUUUUAUCAAAUGGCAGUUUCCAAAUUAAUGUCCCACCACUGCCCAUCUUGACCCUUUCAGAUCAGACUCUUCCAUCAAUGAAUAUUCAUGUUGCCCCAAAUCUCUAUGUGACCAGGUGUAUUAUUUUGUCGAUUAAUGUAUUGUGCAUAAGGUGUUCGCUGAUAUGCCACUGUUAACAUUGAAGCACCCUUGCUAUCCUUCAAUUUUUUUUAUUUAUUUACAACGAAACGAUGAUGACUGGAGCAAAAAAAGUUUGCAGAUCCCUUGUUAAUCUAGGUCCUUCUCUCCUCCAGUUUUCUUCACUAUCAUCACAAACGCUUGAAGAAAUCAAAGCUGCAGUUGAAGCCAAAGACUACCAACAAAUUCCUGACCUUCUCAUUUCCUACAAACAACCUUGUCAAAACCCCAAUCCCUUCUCAUUCCUCUCCACCAUCCCUAACAAUCACAGAAUUAAAGUCAUUGAUGAUAUUUUGCGUUCUUUCAUCCCUCUCAGACCCCGCUCUCGCCCUCAACUUGCCUAUGAUUGCCUCCUAUCUUAUGCCCUCCAAAGUUCCAAUCCCCUCCCUCUUGCUCUUGCCAUCCUCCAACGUACUCUUCGUUCUGGCUGUGUUCCUGUCCCCCAAACGCGCCUUCUUCUUUCUUCUGUAUGGCUUGAGCAAAGACGCCAAUCUCACUCUGUCGCUGACAUUCUGUUAGAGAUGCGGUCCAUUGGGUAUCACCCGGAUUGUGGCACUUGUAAUUACCUUUUAUCGUCUCUCUGUGCUGUUGAUCAGCUGAUGGAAGCGGUUAAAGUUUUGAAGGGGAUGGGUAGAGCAGGAUGUUUUCCGGAUUCAGAGAGUUACAGCAUUGUGAUUGGUGCAAUGAGCUCAUUCAGGAGGACCGAUGAUGCAGUAGAGAUGUUGAAGGAAAUGGUGGCAAAAGUUGGAUUGGUACCGAGGCAUGCAACGGUGGUGAAAGUGGCAGCCGCAUUGCGGGCAAACAGAGAAAUGUCGAAAGCAGUUGAUGUGAUUGAGUUAUUGGAGAGGGAGAAAUUUCUUGUUGGAUUUGAGAGCUAUGAGUUAGUUGUUGAGGGGUGCUUAGAGUGCCAUGAAUAUGUUUUAGCAGCGAAGGUGGUGAUGGGGAUGACAGGGAGAGGAUUUAUCCCAUAUAUAAAAGUUAGGCAAAAGGUGGUAGAGGGGCUGGCUAGUAUUGGUGAGUGGAAGGUUGCUUGUGUUGUUAGGCAAAGAUUUUCAGAACUCAAGUCUUAGGUUUGUUCGUAGAGAGUUCUUGAUGGAGAAAGGAAUAAAAACACAUAACCAGGCAUUUGAAUCUGGGAACUAAUAAUAUAUGGCACUUGUUUCUUCCUGCAAAUUUUCAGAGUUUAUUGGGGCUGAAUCCCCAGCAGCUGUG